GCGAAUCCCUGGUGUUGUAUGUUUUUUUUUGUGUUUUUCCUCCCGCUUUUGCCUUUCUUUUUAUCCCUUACUGCUUUAUUUUUAUAUUUUUCUUCGCCAUGGCAUUCUCAUGUCGUGGAUCGCAUGAUACCAAAUACAAUACUAACCAACGGUGGAGGUUCUCACGAUUGUGCAUCGUCAAAGACUCGAUAUCACCACGUUUUACACAAUGUGCCGCCAUCCUUUGUUUCAAUCAGUCAAGUCAGGAACGCUGUAGAACAGGCGCCAGUGGGCAAGUUGUAUAAAUGCUAGAUGUCAAAACACUUCCGUUCAUUUGGAUGGCCUGUCCAUGAUCCUCCAUCGAACGUCUGUCCUCCACGUUGUCGCUCUUUGUCUUGACUGGAUCAACGACAAAACACUCACAUUCAUUGAAGACACACUCGUUGCAACUCUCUCACAGGAAGAAAAGAAAAACAACAACCAUGAUCACUUACAAACUCAUCAUCUCCAUCCUCCUCUUCCUCUCCUCCACCGUCCUCGCCCUCCCAACAUCUACCACCACCACCACCACCAACACCAACACCACCACCACCUCCCCCUCCUCAGGCUUCUCCCUCCCCCGCCAAAUCUCCUACCCCACCGCCUUCAUCGGCCCCCGCCAAGAAGAAGGUCCCCAAACCUUCUGCAAAAACUACGGUCCCGUGGUCGACCAAACCUCGGAGCACUCCCCUUACUCGGUCGACUGCAAGCAAAUCUCCAUCAACGUCGGCGCGGGCGGUUCAUGGAAGUGGAUGACGGGGCCCAAGCAAAAGAUCAUCGCCAAGUACGGCACGUGCCUGGUGGGCGUGGAGGGAGGGGAGGGCGUGCUUUGGGGAAAUUGGCUUAGGACCGGGAAUGAGGAUGUGGUUUGGAUGAUUGAGGAGACGCUCAAGUUGCCGUUUUAUAAUGGCGAGAAGGUGGGGAGUAAGGGGACUAUGGAGUGUAGUACUUUGACGUUGCCGCAUCGGGAUUUUGCUAUUAAGUGGGGGGUUUGGCAUACGUAGGGAGGAGGGAGAAUGUAGUAUGGGGGCAUAUCGUAGCUGAGUGAGGGCUUGCUUGGAGGGUGUGGUGAAGUGGUGUUGAGGUGGUGUGAUGAUGGUUUCCUGGGAAGGGAGAUGUAGGAAUGGUUAGACUAUUGGUACUUACUGUUCAUGUUGUUUGUUAGCUUCUCUUCUUCAGAUGUACACCAUGGGAAACCUGUGGUUUCUACCUCUAGGGUACCUUACUUUUUGCCGUUUGUCGAGAGACGGAUGCGUACAUGGGUUGGUUGGUUGACCACUGACAACACAUAACCG